AUGUCCUACUACUUCACAAUUCUCUCGCCCACCGAUGCCCCCCUUUUCAACAUCGCUUUUGGCACCUCGAAAAGCGGCGGCGAUGGCAUCGCCCGCUUCCGAUUCCCGGAUACUGCGCAGUACAUGAACCAGUUCAUUAUCCAUUCGAGCUUGGAUAUUGUUGAGGAGGCACAGUGGAUGAACGGGAAUAUGUACUUAAAACACAUCGACACCUACCCUCCAGCCCAAGCCUACAUCUCCGCUUUCCUCACCCCUUCCGGCGCACGCUUCCUCCUCCUCCACCAACCCCCCCAACUCCCCUCCUCCACCUCAUCCUCCGGAGGAAAUACCGGCUCUUCAUCGCUGCUAGGAAGUUCGUUUUCCGCAUCCGCGCUGGGAGGUGGCGGCUCGGGGCGCGCAUCGAGUAGUUCUAUCGCGGCGAAUCCAACGGCGCCGCAGACGGAGGAGGCCGUGAGGCAGUUUAUGAAUGAGGUUUAUGAGAAUUAUGUCAAGACGGUGAUGAGUCCAUUUUAUCGGGUGGGGUUGGAGAUUAAGAGCCCGGUUUUUCGGGCGAGGGUUACGGCGGCGGGGAGGAAGUGGUUAUGA